AAUUUAGCGUUCAGUCGUUGCUCAGACGUCUUGAUAACCGAAGGGCCUUUGUUCAACCGCAGCACACGUACGACACAUUCCCCCCACGUCUUGGUCGAGCUGUAGAUUUCAACGUUAAACGUCCUUGGUCAUUUAGGUUUUUAUUAAGAGUUUUUACUCUUUGUAUCGUAGUCAAGUUAUUCAAAAAUGGAGACUGGAAUGAAAUUCAUCAAGUAUUUACUCUUCAUCUUUAAUCUGCUGUUUGCCGUUUCGGGCAUUACGCUCAUCAUCACGGCAGGAGUUAUUCAGGGAUUGUACUCGACGUAUCUGGAUUUCCUGGGAAAUGAAUUUCUUUCAGCUCCCAUGCUUUUCAUCAUUGUUGGUGUGGUCAUCUUCUUGGUGGCGUUUUUUGGAUGCUGUGGUGCUGUCAGAGAAAACAACUGCAUGAUGAUCACAUUCUCAGUCUUCCUUGGGCUCAUCUUCAUCUGUGAAUUGGCUGGAGGCAUUGCUGCCUAUGUCCUACGUAAUGAUGUUGAUGCCACAUUGACAGAAAACAUGUUCAAGGCUCAGCAACAGUAUAAUGUUACUGGCCAUGAGGGUGUUACAGAGACCUGGAAUAUUAUGCAGAAUGAGGUUCAUUGCUGUGGUGUUCAAAAUUACACAGACUGGGCCAACACAACCUUCAGCCAUGGAGUAAAUGUUCCAGAUAGCUGCUGCAAAGAGUAUACAGUCGGCUGCGGUCUUAAUAUGAUCUUGAGUCCCGACGCAGAUGAGAGACUUUGGACUGUUGGCUGCGUACCCGAACUUGCAAAACAAGUAAAACACAAGGCUGGUGUAUUUGCUGGCAUUGGAGUUGGCAUUGCAUUCAUUCAGUUGAUAGGCAUUGUCUUCGCUUGUCUUCUGGCCAAGGCCAUUCGUGGUAGUUACCAUUCCGUUUAACUUUAUAAUUAAGAGUGUCCAAGCAAAAAGCAAAAUUGAUUUAAUCAUUGAAUGAAGCCGCACUUGAAGCUCGUCACUAACGUAAAAUAUGGGCACGUUUUUUUAAUGAACUUGAAAGAAAUCCGCCUGUCUUCGAUAUUUUCUAUUAUUCUUGUUAUGUCUUGAAAAUCGAGUCUAGUUUGGCAAGUGAAAAGUUAAAAAAACAAAACAAAAAACUAUUAUAUGAAAUUUUAUUUCCUUUUCUUUUUACCUUGGGCAUUCAGAAGGAAACUUUAUAAAUUUCGAUUGGAAUUAUAUUUAGGGAUGCUAUUUUCUGUUUGUCUUUCGUUCAAAAAAGUUUAUCCCGGUAUUGUCACCUUAACACACUUCUCCCCUAAGGAAUUCUUUUGCGAAACUUUGAAAAGAAACGAAUGAUGGUUGUAGAUAUCAAUAAAUGAAGGUUUUACAUCA